AGCUUGGGGGAAGCCGGCGGCAGUGCAGGGAAAGCUCCGGGAUCAACCCAAAAUUGGAGAAAUCAAGGGAAAUUAGAGUAAACCCAAGCCAAUUAAAGCUAGAGAAGGGAGAUUCAUGGCUGUUUCUUACCCAAAAUCAGAGAAAUUCGCCCCCACAAAGCAGGAGCAGCCGGCGGUGAGGAGCAGAGCAGAGCAGAUCUGGGAUUCCUGCAGAGGGGGGGGGGGGAAUUUCUGGGUUCAAUUUGUGUUCUAGAGCAAGAAAAUAAGGAGAAAUCAAGCUUCCUCACCAAUUUUCCAAGUGGGGCUGUCGGCUUGGUUGGGUUCCCUUUUUUUUUUCUCUUUCGGGUGGCUGCAACGGGGAAGAGAUGAGCAGAAUCGGGCUGAAGAAGAAGAAAGCAGAAAGAAAGAAAUAAGCCAUCCUUAU